CUUCGACGCGCCGCCGGCGCAUCGCUCUCGCUCGCUCUCCCACCGUAGCGUCACUACACUACACACGAUCUAGCUGGCUGGAGUGGCCGGUUUUCGACCAAUUUCAUUCGUUAUUCGUUCGUUACCCGACUAGCACACAGACGACAAAUCGAUAAAUCGAGCGUACAUAUCCGUAUAACCUCACAAAAACCUACGAUUAUUUACGAUUAUUCGCCGUGUAGAAGUCAUGUGCGGCUGUUGCUCGUUUCGGACUAGUGUUGCAUUGUGAAUUAGUGCUCGUUUUCGUUUGGGAUUAAGUGCCCUUAGAUAUCCGCCCGAAUGAAAAUGUGGUGUGUACUAUACGCUAGUAGUAGUCGCCGUCUCCUCAAUUUCGCAUAGAAGUAAUUUACCAUUGGGCAUGGCAUUAGCGUGCAAUGUUAGGCUGUAGCGCGGUAUGUCCCAACUGCAAGCACGAGUUCCAGUGCUGUACGCCAACGCCAUCAUGUUGCAGCAACGCUCGGAGGUCCUUACAUGCCCUCAGCGGCGGCGGCCUGGUGACGGCCCUCGCCCCGACGAGCCCCUCGCCGCAGGUGUCGCCCAGCGCGCCGCUCGCCUUCAUCCUGCCGCCGUUCGCGACGCCCGUCCAACGGGCGCCGGCGCCGCCGGCCGCCGACAGGCCCGACACCGAGCUCCAAAGGCUGUCGGACACCGUUCGGGCUCUGCGCCAAUCCGGCUGGUACUAUGAGGACUGCACGUACCAGCGCAGCCACGAGCUGCUGAAAGGCGCCGCCGUCGGCACGUUCCUGGUGCGCAACUCGUCCGAUCCGCAGUUCUUGUUCUCGCUGAGCGUGCAGGCCGAGCGCGGCCCCGCCUCCGUGCGCCUGUUCUACACGAACGGCUACUUCCGGUUGGACGCGCAGCCGCACUUGCAGGCGGCCAUGCCGAUGUUUCCGAGCGUCGUCGAGCUGGUGCAGCACUACGUGCGACAGUCGCGGUUGUGCAGGAACAAUCCCCAGGUGUGGGUCGACCAGCAGGGUAAAUGGUACUCUUCCAUCGUGCUCGACAAGCCGCUGAGGAAGAAAGCGGAGCCGUGCAGCUUGAAGCAUUUGGCUAGGAUGGCCAUUCACAAGGCCGUCCAAUCGUCGCCGAAGCCGAGGCUGAUGCUGUUGCCGCCUCCGCACACCCAGCUGGAGCUGCCCUAUUCGUUGAUUUCGUAUCUAUCGGAGUACCCUUAUUCCCUCUAAAGAUGGAUUCGGCCCUCUCACCCUCCCUUUCUGUAUCGUACCUCUAUGAGUUACCAGAACGAAAAAAAUGUCUCGGCAACUGGGUGCGAUAGUAAAUUCCUAUGUCCAUGUUUAGUUGGGCCAAAGACUGGUUGGUACCUAUACAUACCGACAUCAGGGAACACCAAUAAAGUAUUCUAAAAGGAGCGCCGAUGUGGGAAAAAUAACCGAGGCGCUUAGAGUUAGUUAGGAUAACAAAUUGUUAAAAUUAAAAUGAUGUUCUGUUUGUUAGUCUUCGAAAUCAGCUAGAGUGUUAGUUAUUAAUGUCGGUAAUCGUUGUUGAGCUUUUACACAAACGAGAAUAAAUUGUGUAUUUGCGUAGAUUUUUAAAUAUGUGCGUGUACCUACAAAAAUAUCUUUCUUUUAUUAACUUAGACUUGUACCUGAUUUAUGUGUAUUAAAACCGCGAUACCAAUAGUUGGUUUAAUUAAAUGGAACAAUGUUUGAUUAUUGAGAGAGAGAAAAAAAAACAAGACGGCAGAUCUUCCAUUUAUUUGCUUGUUUUUGAUUCUUUGUUAUCCAUCUUAUCGCGUGUUUUUUUGCAGCGCGGAAGUUUAUCGAAAAAUUGUGGAAGGUCUUUAUCAAGUUUUAAAAGACCUCGGUAAAUAAAAUGUAUUUAUAAAUUAUAAUAAUAGAAUAUUUAUUUUCUUAUGUCUAAAUUAUGUGUACUUAAUAAAUAACGUUUGAUUUGAAAUGUUAGUAUUUGUUAAAUUAGGUUCUUAUUGUUUGAUGGAAAAUGAUUUGUAGAAUAUUCACAGUUAAAUUAAAAUUGUAUGCGCAUAGUCUUAUUUGUUUGGUGCAAUUUAUACGUAUUUAGAUGUUAAAUAAAUUGUACCAAAAAUAAGUUUAAAUUAACGAGACAUGUUCUUGGUUACAUAAUUUAUUAUUGUAGAAUCUCUGUAUUUAUAAUAUCGCAAAUUAUCAGUACGUAUUUCUAAUAUUACUUACCAAAGACAUAUUUACUUAUUUAUCAAUUAUUUUAAUUGUAAUUAUAAUAUUUAGCAUCACUUUAUUAUCUAUGUCAUACAGUUCUGCCAAAAAUGGAAUACUCUUAACUAAAAAUAUUCAUUGUUCUCGAGUAUAUUUCAAACGAAUGCGAGUACUUACAAACAUCCAAUGUAGAACAAACAUUUUGAAUAAAAUUCUAUUGUAUUAUUUGUUAAUAACGCAGACAUAUGUAUUAAAAAAACGUAGAUUGUUAAGAUUACGGACAAUGGCGAACCAGAGUUGAUUAACAAACAGAAAUUUCGGCAAAAAAAAGAUUAAUUUGUAAUCACGAAUGUAUUUAUAAAUUGUAAACGAUUUUUAUAUGAUUUGAAUGGAAACCGCGUGUUUGAUUUAGUCUAAAUGUAUUUAUUUCUCUAGAACAAUUAUAUUAUUUAUUACUAUUAAAA